UUGGCGUCUGUGUAGUGAAGAAGAACAUGGUAGUAACGUGAAAUUUGUGUAGCGAAAGACAACAUCAAAUGUUUUGAGUCUUCCAAUCAUAUUUAGUUUAAUUAUAUAAGAAAAUUAUUAUAAACAAAACAAUUAUCAAUGUUCAAUCAUUUAUACUUUAAUCUCUUUCCUACUAAUUGACGUUGGUUAAUGUGAAAAAUGACUGAUAUAGUUUAUAAUAUAUCUUCGUCAGACGAGGAUUCUCAAAAUUUUCGCCUGCAAGUAACCAAUAGCAUUGUAGUUGAUGAAACAUUAGAUGAAGAUCAUCUGAAUAAGAAAAACAAUCAAAAUGACAUAAUCAUUAUAAAUGAUUCUAGUGAUGACAAUGAUGAUCGUCUAGAAAAUCUAAAUACAGUGUCCAAGCCAUCUAUCCCUCACAAUAGAAAUUGUACAGCAUCUAUCAGUAGUUUUGAUGCAUCUGAAAUAUUUACAGAGGAUGAAACCAGAAAUUCAUGGAACUCUAACAGAAUUUCUGAAUUGGAUCUAAUAAAAAAUAAAAAUCAGAAAAAAUUAGUCAUCCCUUCAACUAAAAAACCUACAAAAAAAAUUACCACAUCAAAAGAAAAGACAAUUUCUAAUAAAGAGAAUAUUAAUACAUGCAAUAUUUUUGAAAAAAAGUGUACCAUCAAUGAAGUGAUUAAACAGCCAAAACAAAUAUCGAAGAUUAAUGGUGAUAAUAAAUGUGAAAAUGAAAAUAAGUUACAUCUUACACCAAACUCAGCAAAAUUUGAUGUAAGAACUACACCUUUGACGAAAAAAGACACACGAAAUAUUUUAAAAACAGUCAAAUCACUUCGUACAAUAAAUAAUUCUCCUGGUUUAUGGUCACGUAAUCAUCAACGAAUUAAUAAAAAUAGCAGUAGUAAUAACAGUGAAUCAGAUAAUUCAUUAGUUGAUAAUAGUGAUGAUGAUAGUCAAUACAAUAAGACUCCUUCAGGUAAAAAAAUUAUACAUCCAGCAUGGAUUGAUGAAACUGAUUCAGAAGUUGAAUAUACUGAAAAUCAACACCACACAGAACCAUUAAUUCAAAAACAAGUUCCUGAUGCUAGAAUUGAAUUAAAUAAUAUUCCAACAGACAGUUUUGAGUUAAAAAAAAAAGAAAUUUCACGAUGGCUUAUAUCAAAUAAUUUUGAUGCCAGACGCAGUGAUUCUUCUGUAAGUCAAGUACCACCGAGUGAAAGAAGCAGUAUUAAUUCGGGAAAUAGUAGUCUUGAGAGACUUGAAGAGAAUUAUGAAACUCCCAAUAAUCGAGAUAAAUUUCAUAGUAAAAUUAUAUUUCAUGACAGUCGAUCUAAUAAAACUACUCCUGGAAUUGAAUCUUUAAGAAUUCAAACGAUUAAGGAUGAUUGUGAUUCUACUUCUCCAAAAAUAAAAUCUAGUGACAGUAAAAAAAAAUUACUUUUAUUAAAAAAAUCUACAAGCAAUAGCAGUAAUUCAUCAUCGUCAUUAUCAAAGCAUAGAACUUAUGACUCUUCAUCUUUAAGAACUCCGGAACAAAAUAUUGACAAUUGUGUUGACAUAUUAAACAAAAUUUAUGGUAAUACUUGGAAAGAUCAUGCUGAUGUCAUACUUCCUAAAACUUCUACUGCAACUACUAUUAAAAAGGAUAUUAAAAACAAACAUUUAUUGAUAAAGAAUAAUAGAGCAAUACAAUCUGAUCGAAAGAUCAAUUAUAUUAGUAAAAAAAAUUCAAAAACUGGUUCUGUUAAUAGCUCAACUGACAAAAAAUUGAAUACUCCUACAGAAAAUUCUAAAAUCAAGACAAAAUCAACGAAAGUGAUUUCUUCAACAAAGAAAAUAACUAAAACUAAUCAGUAUGAUAGUAGUUUUAUUAAUGAUUCAAAUUCUGAUAGUUCUGAUGGGAAUACGACCUAUCUGACAGCUUUAACGAAUCCCGUGCUCCCACGAUAUCGUAUUAUGACUAAGAAAAAAGUUGAAACAGACCCAAAGAAAAAAGUUUUUGAUAUUUGCGAUUCAGAUACUGAGAGUAGUGAUUAUGAUAAUGAAAGAAAUAAUGAAAACUACCAACGUCGAUUAGAUUUUAGUGACAAUGAACAUAAUUCUAGCAAUUGUACUAGUGAAUAUGAUCCAGGUGAUUUUGUUCCGCCGAAAACUCUAUCUGUAAUUAAAUCUCGUGUUCAAAACAGUAGAGCAAGUUUUCUCAAAUCAUUAUCUGCAUCAAUUCCACUGAAUAAUGUUCAUCCUGAUGCAAUAAAAUAUCGUAAAAAUUUUAAACAAACGAAAGAUGAACUUUGUAAAUAUUUAUUUAAAUAUUAUAAUGAAAAGGUGUUUGACAAUAAGUUACCUAGUGAUAUGUUAAUUGAAUGGAGUUCUAGAAUGCGUGGAACUGCUGGAUUUUGUUUUAAUAAAACUAGAAGAAAAGCUAAUGGAGAAAUUGAACGAUCAUCUAGAAUACAAUUAGCAACUAAAGUUUUAGAUUCUCCUGAAAGAUUACGAGAUACUUUAAUACAUGAAAUGUGUCAUGCAGCUACUUGGAUUAUUAAUCAUAUUUCUAAUGGUCAUGGUGUUUUUUGGCGUACUUGGGCUUCUAAAGCUAUGAAAACUUUCCCGGAAUUACCACCAAUCAAACGCUGUCAUGAUUACAAAAUAGCUACUAAAUAUACAUAUCGUUGUACAACUUGUGGCUAUUGUAUUGGAAGACACUCUAAAUCGCUUGAUACAGUACGAAAACGCUGUGGUCAUUGUUAUGGAAAAUUUGAGCUUCUAAUUAAUAGAACAACUAGAUCAGGUCGAAUAGAACAUGAAACACCGAAAGUUAAAGCACCUUCAAAAUUCGCGUUAUAUGUAAAAGAAAAUUACCACGAAGUAAAAACGAAACAUCUAGUAAAUGAUCAUAGAGAAAUUAUGAAAAUUCUUGGACAACAAUUUUCGGCAAUGAAAAUUGCUCAGCAAAUUACAUUAGAAUAAAUUAUGACAAAAUAUCACUUAAAAAAUAAUUGUACAAUUAACUAUAUAUUCGCAACAG